UCUUGAACUGAUAGACUUUUACUUCAAGAACAAGUCCCAACUUCAUCGAUUGCUACAUCUUCCUAAUCAAAUAUUAAGCCCGGAAUCUCGUCGAUUGGCCAAAGCUCGGACGGAUCGACUAGACCGCUAAAGAGCAUCAGCCUUUGACCUAGGGCUUUUAGGCACCAUCAUGGCCGUUAGCGCACCUCGCGCUAGCAUGUUGCAUCAUAGCGUCGUCAAUGCUGCCCUUCAGCUAAGAAGAGCGGCUAUAUGGCGCAUGGCCAGCCCAGAAAAGCAGCAAGGUGGACUUUCGCAUGGGCGCCGCAUCCAAGAAUCGACACGGCUCCUUUCGACUUCGGGCCUCAAAGCGCAGUCGCCAUCAUCGUCAUCACCCUCGUCAUCAAGUGCAGAAAAGAUUCCCUCAAAGCAUCGGCUCUUCUAUCGCGAACUCCUCCCGCCGAUCUUCAAGGUCCUGGCGUACAGCACGGCCGUCUACUUUUCGCUACACCUGGCUUGGACGCUGCUCGACCGCGACGAACAACGGGCUGCGCAAGCUAAAGAGAUUCAAGGGCUUGAAGAGGAGGCAAGGGCUGCCGCUGCAAACGUCAAACGAACUCUAGAGAGCAAGGGAGAACAAGCGAAGGAGCAGAGCAAGAGCAAGAGCUGGUGGAACAAGCUCACGGGGCGGUAGCAAACCAGGCGAACGCACGGCACAGUCUACGAACUGACAGCUCCUUCGCAAUAUCUACAUUUCUAUUCUUUUUCUGGCAGCUUCUGUCACAAUCCUGGGGAAAUCAGCUCUAUGCUUUUCCAGUCGAGCCAAAAAGGUCGAAGAACCGCUUCACGUUUUUCUCGAACACCUGCAUGCCCAACUCGUACACGUCGGGCAACGCAGUCUGCUUCGGUAUCUCUUGCGCCCAGACGUUGAGCUGUGGAUUUCUGGUCCAUGAGUUCACGUUGAUCUUGACGGUGCCGCGCUUGAUGCAGUCUGUAAAGAGAUGGUCGGGAAGGUCGUCCGUACCGUGGAGGACUAAGUGUGCAUUUGAAGGAGUCUUGUAGCCAACAGCUUUGUCCAAUUCUGAGAGGAGGUCAAGCUUGAAGAAUGCGACCGGAUCCGAGGGGUAGUUGCCGUGCAUGUUGCCCACUGUGCGGCACCAGUCAUAACCAGGGAGUCCAGAUCG